UGCAUGGAAAGAAUGAGUUGGGGAAAAUUAUGUCUCUGUUAUCCCAGCAUAUCAGGCCAGCUGUCAGCAGCACCUCGGACAGCAGCUCGGGUCGCUCGCGCCGCAUCGCCUCUCACAGCGGACACGCAGUCACCAUACAGCGCAUCACACAUUUAUUUUGUUUGAAAUAACAUACAUUUUUGCCUGAAUGAGCUGGAAAACCCGGUCAAUGCGAAGAAGGUAAUGCAAAAGGUUGCUCAGUGUGAUAAAGGUAGCUUCAAUGAAGCAAAGCAGCUCUAACCGUGUAGCUGAUACGCGCAGACGCAAACGGAACGUCGGACCAGUGACCGUGUGCAUUCCGCCGCAGUGAGCAUGUACCUCGCACCCGGGAUUUUCCACCUCUGAACAGUGUCCCCAGUGCUUUCCUGAUUCCAUACAGCACUAUCUGAGAAGGAUGUCGGGUUUUUCCACCAUGCGCAUUUUUGUGAUCUUGAUUCUUCUGUCCUGCUCCUGCGCUCCAGGUGGCUGCGAGACGAAAAUCGUGAACAUCGGCGCGGUGCUGAGCCAAAAGCGCUACGAGCAGGUGUUUAAGGAUGCGGUGAACCAGGCAAGCGUGGUGUACGGCAGAGACAGGUUUAAACUCAACGCCAUCUCCGUCACGCACAAAGCCAACGCUAUUCAGAUGGCGCUGUCCGUGUGUGAGGACCUCAUCUCCAACCAGGUCUAUGCGAUUUUGGUGAGCCACCCUCCACAGUCCAGUGACCACCUCACACCUACACCGGUGUCCUACACCGCCGGCUUCUACCGUAUCCCUGUGGUCGGCCUCACCACCAGGAUGUCCAUCUACUCCGAUAAGAGUAUCCAUCUGUCCUUCCUGCGCACCGUGCCGCCUUACUCGCACCAGGCACACGUGUGGUUCGACAUGAUGCGUGAGUUCCGCUGGAACCACAUCAUCCUGAUCGUCAGCGACGACCAUGAAGGUCGAGCCGCACAGAAGAGACUCGAGACCCUUCUGGAGGAAAGGGAGACCAAGAAUAAAAAAAGGAACUAUGAAAACCUCGAUCAACUGUCCUAUGACAACAAGCGAGGACCUAAGGCAGAGAAAGUCCUCCAGUUCAACCAAGAGACUAACUUAACUGCCCUGCUGCUCGAGGCCAAGGAGCUGGAGGCUCGCGUGAUCAUUCUGUCCGCCAGUGAGGACGACGCUGCUGCAGUGUACAAGACAGCUCGGUUUCUCAACAUGACCGGCUCUGGCUAUGUGUGGCUAGUUGGAGAGCGGGAGAUGUCUGGUAAAGCUCUGAGUGAAGCUCCUGAUGGACUAAUUGGCCUUCAGCUCAUUAACGGCAAGAACGAGUCGGCUCACAUCAGCGACGCCGUGGCGGUCGUGGCUCAAGCCAUUCAGGAGCUUUUCGAGAAGGAGAACAUUACCGAACCGCCUCGGGGUUGUGUGGGCAACACCAACAUCUGGAAAACUGGGCCACUCUUUAAAAGGGUCCUGAUGUCAUCCAAAUACCCAGAAGGCCUGACAGGACGAGUGGAGUUUAAUGAUGAUGGGGACAGGAAGUACGCUCAUUACAGCAUCCUUAACUACCAGAAGAGCAGACUGAUUCAAGUCGGCAUUUAUAAUGGAACUCAGGUGCUGCUAAAUAAGCAAAGGAAGAUCAUCUGGCCUGGAGGAGAUACAGACAGACCGAAAGGUUUCCAGAUGUCCACAUGGCUAAAAAUAGUCACGAUACAUCAGGAGCCUUUUGUGUACGUGAAGCCAACCAUGCUGGAUGGGACCUGCAAGGAAGAAUACACACCGAACGGAGUAUUAAUUAAAAAGGUGAUCUGCACUGGACCAAAUGAGACCAUUCCAGGACGUCCAACGGUGCCUCAGUGCUGUUAUGGAUUCUGUGUUGACUUGCUGAUCAAGCUGGCCAUGACUAUGAACUUUACCUAUGAGGUCCAUCUGGUGGCUGAUGGGAAAUUUGGCACGCAGGAGAGAGUGAACAACAGCAACAAGAAGGAGUGGAACGGUAUGAUGGGAGAGCUCCUGGGUGGCCUCGCGGACAUGAUCGUGGCUCCGCUAACAAUAAACAAUGAACGAGCUCAGUAUAUUGAAUUCUCCAAACCGUUUAAAUAUCAAGGGCUCACUAUCCUUGUGAAAAAGGAAAUCCCUCGUAGUACGCUGGACUCGUUCAUGCAGCCGUUCCAGAGCACGCUGUGGCUGCUGGUGGGUUUGUCGGUGCAUGUGGUGGCGGUGAUGCUUUACCUACUAGACCGGUUCAGCCCAUUUGGAAGGUUUAAAGUAAACAGUGAAGAAGAAGAAGAAGAUGCCCUCACCUUGUCUUCGGCUAUGUGGUUCUCCUGGGGAGUGUUGCUGAACUCUGGAAUUGGAGAAGGUGCCCCGCGUAGCUUCUCAGCGAGAAUCCUAGGUAUGGUGUGGGCCGGCUUUGCUAUGAUUAUCGUAGCAUCCUACACUGCCAACCUGGCUGCCUUCUUAGUGCUGGACCGGCCUGAGGAGCGCAUCACCGGCAUCAAUGACCCGAGGUUGAGGAACCCAUCAGACAAGUUUAUCUACGCCACGGUGAAGCAGAGCUCGGUGGAUAUUUAUUUCCGGCGUCAGGUCGAGCUGAGCACCAUGUAUCGCCACAUGGAGAAGCACAACUACGAGAGCGCCGCUGAGGCCAUCCAGGCUGUCCGGGACAACAAGCUGCAUGCUUUCAUCUGGGACUCUGCGGUGCUGGAGUUUGAAGCCUCGCAGAAGUGCGACCUGGUGACCACGGGAGAGCUGUUUUUCCGUUCGGGCUUUGGCAUAGGCAUGCGCAAGGACAGCCCCUGGAAACAGAAUGUGUCCCUGGCUAUUCUCAGUUCCCAUGAGAAUGGCUUCAUGGAGGACCUGGAUAAAACCUGGGUGAGAUACCAGGAGUGUGACUCAAGGAGCAAUGCCCCAGCCACACUGACCUUUGAAAACAUGGCAGGGGUCUUUAUGCUGGUAGCUGGAGGCAUUGCAGCAGGGAUCUUCCUCAUCUUUAUUGAGAUUGCAUACAAGAGACACAAAGACGCCCGCAGGAAGCAGAUGCAGCUAGCCUUUGCGGCCGUCAACGUCUGGAGAAAAAACCUGCAGGACAAUAAGGAGAGUUCUGUGAGUCAAGUUGUGGGCGCAGCUGGGACUCCGUCUUUACCCUCUUCCUCUGUAGAGACUCAGGAUGAUAGGAAAAGUGGUAGAGCAGAGCCCGACCCCAAAAAGAAACCCUCUUUUAGGUCCAUCAGUACCACCCUGGCCUCCAGCAUCAAGAGACGUAGGUCCUCCAAAGACACGCAAUACCCACCGACAGACAUCACGGGCCAGCUCAACCUGUCUGACCCGUCUGUCAGCACCGUGGUGUGAGACGGAGAAAGAGGGAGCGUGGGAUUGUUCGUUUCUUAAAACCAGACAUGGGGUGGGGGGAAUCGGUGUUCACAUCACCCAGGAAUUUCCCUUGUCCCGAGUCGAUUACGAGCUUCUGCACCUUUACGAGGAUUACAGAGAAGAGCCGAUCUUCUACAGUGAACAUUUUUGGAGAUUGGCGUGUAGCGCUACGUACAUCGCACUGGAUUUCUUAUACCACACACACACACACACACACACACACACACACACAGACACAUCGCACACUCAAAUAUAGUCUUCACAUUCAAAACAGGACACAUUAUAAUGUCUCCUUCAUUCAAUAACCUAGCAAUGAUUUUCCAUCUUUUGAGUAUUUUUGUAUAGUUCGGUAAAAGUGAAUGCUCUUGCGCCCAUUAAGUGCUGUACGUAUUCUAUGUUUUAUCACUCGGAAAAAGAAACGAAAAGCAAUCAGAGUAAUUAUUAAUCCUGUGUCUGUACAGACCUCAUAUGUUCCUAAACCUAACUGUACUGAAUUUCAGGACAUUUCUGUUAAUCUGCCUUUAACGGUAUCAGUUGCUUUCUCUUACUUUAAUUGUUGUCUAUUUUGUAAGUAAGAACGGCGUUGGCGAGAGAGCAUGCGAAUAUUAUCUAAUUAACUCUUAGUUACAUUUAGUGCAUUGUCAAUAGUGUUAAUACUUGAAAUACUAUUUCUAACGAUAU